UAUUAGUUGUUAAUUAUAAUCAUAAUAUUAAUAAUAUGAGAGUAUCUUGAUGAUUAAUCAAUUUCCCGAUUGUUGGUUUGUUGUUAGGUGGGAGCUUAAGCAGCUGAUUGUGAUUGUGUUGGUGACUUUUAAUUGUUUCUCAUUUUGAUUGAGUUUUAUUUGGUGAAUUAAUUGUUUAAUUAUCUAAGUGAUUAACUCACGAUGGAAUCUGAUUCUCUUCAUAUUAAAUCACCAUUGGUUGAGAAUCUUUUCUGUAAAAGUUACACUGAUGGACGAUCAGUUUACCUUAAAUUGGACAACAAUCAACCCUCAGGAUCAUUUAAAAUCAGAGGAAUUGGUAAAUCAUGUCAAUUGGCCAAAGAACAAGGGUACGAAGAGUUAGUCUGUCCUUCCGGAGGAAACGCUGGAAUAGCAACUGCUUAUGCCGCUCGAAUGUUGAAUAUGAAAGCGACCAUUGUGAUCUUUAAUAUCUCGUCCGAAGAAGUUGCUUCUCGAAUUAAAAUGGAAGGUGCUACAGUCUUACGAUUUGGUAAUUCUUCGAGUGAGACCAUUAAUUAUGCCAAACUCUUUGCUUCUGGUGAACCAAAGAAACGUAAAUUUAUCCAUCCAUUUGACGAUUCUACAGUUUGGGAAGGUAAUUCAACUUUAAUUGAUGAAAUUUAUCAACAAUUAAAUGCUGUUCAACCUUCGUUGAUUGUUACCUGUUGUGGGGGAGGUGGUUUGUUUUGUGGUAUAAUGAAAGGACUUGAGAGAUACAAUUGGCAUUCAACUGGAGUUCUGGUGAUGGAAACUCAUGGAUCUCGUAGUUUCAAGGCGAUGGUUGAGAAUAGUUAUCAACCCAUAGAGAUUAAAUGUGACACAUUGGCUAAGACUUUAACUUCCGUAAUUGUUUGUCAAGAGGCUGCUCGAUAUGCUGAGAAAUUCAAUGUUUACUCUGAUACAGUUUCUGAUAUUGAAGCGAUGGAAGCUUGUUUAUUAUUAGCUGAUUAUCAACGGAUUAUCGUUGAGCUUUCAUGUGGAACUGUUUUCGCUGCACUUAAUAAAGGAUUAGUUGAAAAGAUAAUCAAUUCUAAUCCAAAGUUACCUUCUAAUGGACCAGUGGUCUUGAUUAUUUGUGGUGGUAAUGAUGUUAAAUUAGUUGACAUCGAGAAUUGGAGACAGAUUAUCAGUGAAAAAUCAUCAAAUUGAGAAUUUAAUCAUUUAGAUCAACUAAAUCAACAACGAAACAAUUAUUAAUAGUUUUGCAACCUAAUUAUCUGCUUACCGCAAUAUUAAUAAAUCAACUUUUAAGUUUCGAUUUUAACUAAAACAUUUCUAUCGUUUAGUAACAACUUCAUGAAUUGUGGCCAUGUUUCAUAAUGAUGACAAUCAUCAUUUAAUCAAUUAGUAGGUCAAUCAGCAAUUACAAUCAAGGAAUCAAUUUGUAAAAAUUGAAAAUUGGAAAUGGAAGAUCUUGUUGAUCGAAAAAUAUUUCACCUCAUUUGUUUGAUUGGAGAAAUAGUUUCAGAUUAAAUUGUUCAUCUACUGUUCUCAAAUGUUAACCUUAAUCAAGUUUAUCUUCGUUAUCGAAUUGGAAUACAAUUAAUUUCCAAUACGAUGAAAAUUCCCGAAAAAAAAAACAAUGAACAGUUCGAGUUAUUUGCUUUAAUUUGGUUCGAUUUUCUUAUUAACACAAUGUAUACAUUUUCUCAAUAUUGACUUUGUACGUUUACAGAAAUUAUAAUUCUGAUUCUAAUUGUCUCAACAAACGAUUGAUUAACAAGUGGAUAUUAUUGAUUGGUGUUUAUUUAUUGGAAUGAAACAAAGACAAUCGGCUAUAUCGGUUGUCCUGUAUUUGAUUUAUUCUUGAUUAAAAACAUUUUUAAUAGCUGA